AUUGAUACUUGGUUAAGAACAACUAUUCUUAUCUAAUCAUUUUACAUGUAUUAUCUAAAACAGAAUGAAUGAAUGUGUCCUGUCGUGUCUGUUAUAUUUUCAGGGUCUUGCACCACAAUUACAGCAGCUGAGGUUUCUGGAGCAGCUUCUAAUGGUCAUUCAAGCAGACUCCUCUAUAAACUAUAGGUAUCUGACUUUUGCAGCUUUUUGUAGCAUUGAUUUAACAUCAACCUUGAGUCCUGCCCUCCUAAGCCCCUGCGAUAAUUUAAUGUGGUCUUGUUUCUAUGUGGUUUGUUUUGAUGGAUGUAGGCAGAACUCAUCCUCUGGUGAUGACAGUGUGAGGAAUGAUGAUCUUCUUCAGGAACUAAUGUUUCAGGAUCACUUAUCAGACCUGGAUAUGCUCCUGAAUCCGGAUUGCAACCCUUGGCCUGCGCAUAUCCGUGAACAUCUAACAGUCAACUCACAACUAAACGAAAGGAAAACAACACAGAAACCUAGUGAUUUCAUAAACAGGAGUGAUCAACAUUCCCGACUAGGAAGUCAUGGAGAAGAAAGCCUGACAGAGGCCAUGGCACUGCUGCAGUUUACACAGAGCACAUUAGAUGAGCUCCACAAAGAGUGUGAGUUCCUACAGUCACAUUCGUCAGGUUCGGUAGCUGUUCUGUCCCCCUGUGAGCUGAAAGUGGCCAUCUCAGACAUGUCUCCGCUCGUGACGGCUUUCAGACACACCUACAACACAGCCUUUAAGGCAUACUUUCAAAGAGCCCCUCCGGCCCUCAGUUCUGCCGCUAUUGUGUUUGCUGUUAAUUGACUUUUUUGUAUUUAGUAGAACAGUAAAGAUUAUUAUUAUUAUUAUUAUUAUUAUUUUUAUUUUUUUGUAGCUGAAACCAUGGUCCUUGGUAAUGCGUGAAAAACAAGUCAAUGGCUACAGUCACUUUGAAAGUAAAAAAAAAUUAAAAUCAGGGGACACAAAAUUUAAUACAUAUGGCUCCUGACAAUAUAUUGAGGUCUUAUGAAGCAAAAUCAUUGCUCUGUGCAAAAGAAAUUGAACAUUAAUACCUGUAGUUCAUUCGGAGUUGCAUGAUUUUUUAGGAGCAAAUGCAAAGUUUCUUGGCAGAAUGCAGUAGUUUUGCGAAAUAAUGCAAAGUUUACUCUAGGAAAUGCAGUAAUUUUGCAGGAGAAUGCUAACCUUCUGCAAGUGAACCCAAAGGAUUCUUGGGGAAAUGCAAUACUUUUGCAAAAGCAUGAAGAGAGUUUUGAAUUACAUGGCUGGAUACUCUCUGGACAGCCCUUGUAUAUUUUUUGCAUAUUCAAAUACAAAUGUUUUUUAUAUUCUUCAUUUAUGUUUCAGGAGCUGGAGGCUCGUAAGCAGCUGUCUGAAACCUCGUCAUCUCUCACA